ACGAAGCCUAAUCACUUUGCCGCCUGCUGUACGAGCAAGCGAGCAGCCGUUGAUGACGUGGUCGAAGGAGCGGAGAGUGACAAUGACUUCGGCGUUCUGGAGAUCAGGACGACGGAAAGCAAGUGUGGUCCCGAGAGUUGUGACUGGAUUGUAACAACGAGCAUUGAAGGAACUGAUAUGCAGCUUAAAGUCGACACGGGAGCACAGGCUAACUUGUUGCCGCGUUCGCUGUUCAAAAGGCUCGGAACUAGACAGCAGCCGUACCCAACGAGGAGCAUCCUGCGCCAUUACGGGGGCGGCGAAAUACCGCACAGUGGAAAAGUUUGCCUCGCCGUGCAGUUAGGCAAACGGCGUGUACUGCUUGAGUUCUUCAUAGUAAAGAAGAAGCAAGCUAUUCUGGGCCUCGGGGCAAGUGAGCAACUUGGUCUGGUCAACAGAGUGAACUCGGUGGACAGCAGCGAGACAUACGAAAACCUAAAGCAGGCAUUCCCAAGGCUAUUACGGGCAUAGGCAGGACGCGGCGCGAGUACAAAAUGGUGCUCCGGAAGGACGCUGUCCCUGUGGUUCAGCCAACCCGGCGUGUGCCUUACGCCCUCAAGAAGCCGCUUAAGAAAGAACUUGACCGGAUGAAUGCUGCGAACAUCAUCGAGAAGGUGGAAGAACCGUCAGACUGGGUAAGUCCCUUGGUUAUCGUGAGGAAGAAAAAUGGAGACUUAAGAGUAUGCAUGGACCCGCGGGCAAUUAAUAAGGCGGUGAAGAGAGAGCACUUCCAGUUGCCAUGCCGGGAAGAAAUCGAAGGUGAUCUAGCGCAUGCAAAGUAUUUCAGCAGACUCGAUGCAAACAGUGGGUUCCAUCAAAUCCCCCUCGACAAAAAAACAUCAGAAAUCUGCACAUUCAGUUCACCGUUUGGUCGGUAUCGGUAUCUGAGACUGCCAUUCGCUAUUGCAUCUGCACCCGAAGUUUUCCAGCAUACAAUGAGCCAGAUAUUCGACGACCUCCCGGGAACACGUGUGUACAUUGACGAUGUGCUAGUGUGGGGUUCUACGCGAAAGGAGCACGAUGGACGCCUGUACAAAGCGCUGGAAAGGGCACAGGCAGAGGGCCUAACUUUGAAUGCAGAAAAGUGCAUUUUUGGACGUACUGAAAUCAGCUUCAUGAGUGAUAAGAUUAGUUCCGAAGGUAUUAAGCCGAAUCCCGACCUGAUAAGGUGCCUUUUAAACCACCCUCCGCCAGCGACCAAGAAAGACGUUCAACGCUUGCUUGGCACCGUGAACUAUUUCGGGAAAUACUUGCCACUGUUGUCAGCCCACACUGAGGCCCUGCGCAGCCUGAUUAGAAACGACACACUUUUCGAGUGGACGCAUGUUCACGAGCGCGAGUGGGUGCUGCUCAAAAAGAUGCUGACGGAAGCACCCGUCCUGGCUAUCUUUAAUCCCGAGCUUUCCACGAAACUGUCGACGGAUGCGUCAGCAUUUGCACUCGGAGCAGUGCUUUUCCAACAACAUGGAAAAUACUGGCGCCCGGUAGGCUACGCAUCGCGAGCACUCACAGAAACUGAGCGAAAGUACGCCCAAACAGAAAAAGAGGCCCUGGGCAUAACAUUCGGCUGUGAAAAGUUUAAUAAUUAUGUUAUUGGAAGACAUUUCGUUAUCGAAACCGACCACAACCCAUUAUUGGCUAUUUCAAAGAAAGAAAUAGGCGACAUGCCACCCCGUCUGGAGCGACUAUUUCUUCGACUGCUGAAGUACGAGUUUGAGUUGCAGUAUGUUCCAGGCAGCAAAUUGGUUGUUGCCGACACCCUGUCACGAAUCCCAUCGCAGAAACAACCAGAAAAAGGCGCAACGGAUGUUGAAGUUCAUGCCGUGGGCGUUCUGACUGCCGUUGUUGGACCAGCCACCCUAUCUCGUCUGCAGGCAGCAACGGCCAGUGAUGCAAUAGCGCAAGACGUCAUUUCCGGCCUGUAGUCGUCAAUACCUGUAGAAGGUGAGCUAAAGUCCUUUGCACAAGAACUUUCUGUAGUCAACGGAGUACUCCUCAAGGGAACUAAAGUAGUCGUACCUGCAAGCAUGCGAACAGAGAUGCUGCGACGAGUGCACCAAGGGCAUCUCGGCUUAGGAAAAUGCAAAUCGAGGGCUCGCAAGUUGAUGUAUUGGCCAGGAAUGUCAACAGAUAUUGCCCACUUCACUGACAGGUGUGAAGUUUGCAAGAAGUUUGCGUAUCGACAGCCUGACGAGCCCCUGUGCCAACGCACCGUUCCAGACAUGCCAUGGGUGAGGGUUGGUACAGAUCUUUUUCAACACGCCGGAAAGCAUUAUUUAGUUGUCUAUGACGCCUACUCUAAUUUUCCAGAAGUCGAGCAUCUCAAGGAUACCUCUGCAACGACUGUCAUCCACAAACUACGUCAGAUCUUUGCAAGGCAUGGAUUACCACUAGAAGUUUGCAGUGAUGGCGGGCCGCAGUUCACGUCAAAAGAGUUUGAAGAUUUUGCGGCUCGUUAUGACUUUGUGCAUACGAUUUUCAGUCCCUAUUUUCCCAGGUCCAAUGGACUCGCCGAGAAGGGCGUACAAGUGGUCAAGCGGCUGCUUGGCAAGACUGAGAGCAAGAAACAGGACUUCUAUUUGGGCCUUCUCAAUUACAGGGUGUGUCCUCUCGAGGAUGGCCGAUCACCAUCGGAACUGCUAAUGGGACGAAGGCUCAGAACGCUACUUCCAGAUUUUUCAGCGUCAUCAUCAGGUCCCGUCCAAAAACAUAUCCAAGCAAGGACCACAGGAAGAACACUAACUCCACUACAGAAGGGAGACGUCGUCCGCAUCCUCGGAAAUGGUAGAUGGGAAAUCACGGCGCAAGUCCAAGAUCUCGUGGCCCCAAGGUCGUACACCGUUCUCACAGAGGAUGGCCGGGUUUUCCGUCGAAAUAGACAGCCCCAUCGCAAAACAUCAGAAGCGUUCCAUCAAGCCAUCCAUUACCAGGCGGACGACUGCGACGACACCCCUGACGCAUCUUCGAGCGCAGCCUCGCAGCAGCCGCCUGAACCUUCGCAGGCCGCACCGGAUCGACCACCAGCAGGCACACCCGGCCCACCUAACAUCCCAGAUUUACUAAGGAGAUCUACCAGACCGCGAAGACCACCAGAUCGCCUGGCCUACACGCACGGAUUCCGGCAGACUGAAACAACCUAGGAGUGUUGUCUGCUACUCUUCGAUGUUGAGUGCUUUCCGUGGUUUCAGUGUUUCCAUUCUUCGAAGAAAGGAGGAUGCAACGGCCAACCAAGAUAACAACACUGUGCAAACGAAGAGAGCAGCGCAGCUAUAAAUACGUUCCCUUCUUAUCAAUAAAGCAUUCUUCUUGUA